AUGCCUAUAAGAGUAGUCAAGUUAUACAAAAAAACAGCAGGUCAUAACCACUUCAACCCAACCAAAGACAAUGAUUCAUUGCUACACACCCAACUCUGGAUAGAUCCUAAGGAGAAGUUUAUGCAGUAUGUUCAUACUGGGGACCCUGUAGAUUUGACUUUCAGUGUAAAAGAACUGAAGGCAUUUCUUUCAUUUUGCGAGGGCUGUGAAACUGAUAUCCAUUUACAUUUUGAGAAAACUGGCGAACCAAUUCUCAUGGCACCUAAAUUUGGUUUGGAAGAUGGGUCCAAUUCGAAUUUUGAUGCUACCCUUUUACUGGCAACCAUGUUAACAUCUCAGCUUCAUGAAGGUGCAGCAUCAGAACCUCCAGUGGUGCCUAACAAUACACAUGCUCGAACUGAAGAAAGAAAUGAAUCUCCAUUGCAGCAAGAGAACUGCAGAUUGAAUGCAUCAGAGCUUCCGUCUGACCACACCCGUAUUUGGUCAGACCUUUCAGCAGCUGCAGUUAAGAAUACUAGUGCCAUGGAAGAAAGGCAGGCCCAAGAAAGAACAACUUUGAAUGAUAACGAACAAAGAGAAAUUCAAAAGAUUAGUGCAGUGCAAAUUUCAAGAGGAAAAUUAGCCGCAGGAAAUAAUCCCAGGGAUUCCAAUUUCUGCCUACCAACUGAAAAUGAUCAUGUACAAGAGCCUCAAGAUAUGUUGCUAAAUCAUGGUCAAGCCAUAACACAACAUCAUCAUAGCCAGUCUAGAAGCUAA